AUCAGGGGUUUUAGUUAGCAAUGUCUUACCAUGAAGCUAGGAAGAUGGGAGAGCAAUGAGGCGGCAUAAUAAAACCUCCAUACUUCUUUUCUUCUCUACCAUUCACUUUGCCCCGUCUUAAAUUCAAGGCGAAACUUCUUCUUACACCAAUUGAGAAUAAAAAAUCGCCAUGGGAGGUACAGGAAGGACUCUCCUCUCGCUUUCAAUCUCCACAAACCUCUUAAUCAGUUCUCGUCUUUCACCUCCUAAAUGUCUUCCACUCCUCAAAAUACCAAAACCCUUCAGAAAUUUCUCAGGAUUUAGGCCUCUUUCCUCUGCUACUACCGCCACAACCUCCACUGAAUCCACGGAAGCAAUCCAGGUGAUUGAACCCUUGAAGCAUUCUCAACUGCUUGAGAGGCUGAGGACUAGACAUCUCAAAGAAUCUGCUCCUAAAACUAAGCCAACCAGAAACACUCUGUCCCAGUCUGUGGGAAGUGCGGAGGAUGAAAUGAAGAAGUCUGAAAAGAAGAACAAGAAGUUGGUUGAAAGUUUUGAAGAGUUGGGUUUAAAUGAGGAGGUGAUGGGGGCUGUGAGGGAGAUGGGCAUUCAAGUUCCCACUGAGAUUCAGUGCAUUGGAAUCCCAGCUGUUUUGGAAGGAAAGAGUGUGAUUUUGGGUUCCCAUACUGGCUCUGGUAAAACUCUGGCUUACUUGCUACCCCUUGUUCAGUUGCUGAGGCGAGAUGAAGAAUUGUUUGGUAAGUUAAUGAAGCCUAGGCGUCCUAGAGCUGUUGUUCUAUGUCCCACAAGGGAACUAUCUGAACAGGUGUUUCGUGUAUCGAAAUCUAUCAGUCAUCAUGCACGAUUUAGGUCUACCAUGGUAAGUGGUGGUGGUCGGCUAAGGCCACAAGAGGACUCAUUAAGUAAUCCAAUAGACAUGGUGGUGGGGACUCCUGGGAGAGUCCUUCAACAUAUUCAGGCAGGCAACAUGGUCUAUGGUGACAUCAAAUACUUGGUGCUUGAUGAGGCAGACACCAUGUUUGAUCAUGGAUUUGGACCUGACAUUCGCAAGUUUAUUGGCCCAUUAAAGCAUCGUGCUUCAUCACAUGAUGACCAAGGAUUCCAAACUAUAUUGGUCACUGCAACAAUGACAAAGGCAGUUCAAAAGCUGAUUGAUGAGGAGUUUCAAGGCAUUGUGCAUUUACGUACAUCAACUUUGCAUAAAAAGAUUGCAUCUGCUCGUCAUGAUUUCAUCAAACUUUCUGGUUCUGAAAACAAGCUGGAAGCCUUAUUGCAGGUUCUUGAACCAAGUUUGGCAAAAGGAAAUAGGGUAAUGGUGUUCUGCAACACUCUAAAUUCCAGCCGUGCUGUGGAUCAUUUUCUUGGUGAAAAUCAAAUUUCUACAGUCAAUUACCACGGAGAGGUGCCUGCACAGAAGAGGGUUGAGAAUCUCAAGAAGUUCAAGAGUGAUGAUGGCGAUUGUCCUACAUUAGUCUGCACAGACUUGGCUGCUAGAGGACUGGACUUGGAUGUGGAUCAUGUCAUCAUGUUUGAUUUUCCUUCUAAUUCUAUCGACUACCUUCAUCGCACUGGAAGAACCGCUCGCAUGGGUGCAAAAGGAAAGGUGACGAGCCUGGUUGGAAAAAAGGACGAUAUUUUGGCUACUCGCAUAGAGGAAGCGAUCCAGAAAAAUGAGAGCUUGGAAUCUCUAACUGCUGAUAGCGUGCGGAGAGACAUUGCACGGGAUCGUAUAACAGAGCAUAAAACGAAAAAUGCAAAACUGAUCAAGGCUUCAACUGGGAGUAGAGCUAAAUCAGCAACAUCAGCGCCAAAAUCUUCAAGUGUCCAUUCUAAAGGUGAAACUGGAAAAGCAUCAUAUUCAGAAAGGACCCAGAAGCCUGGUGUUCCAGUUUCUAAGCUUGUAAAAUCGUCGAGGAAUAUCCCAAGAAAACCAUCUUCCGAAACGAAGAAGCAAGUGGCUAGCAGAAGGCGGCCUGGGAGUGCCAUCAAAUCGUCAGGUCAGAAACUAAAUGUAGUUGGAUUUAGAGGCCGAAGCAACCAGUUUGAUAAGAGACGAUCAGUGUCCAGUUAAGUGGAAGUCAGGUUUAAGAUAAUAAUUCAACAUAGUUGUAUUUAUAUAAACUUCGGUAAUUUUUUGUUUUAGUUCUUCAAUGUGAAAUGGCUUGAGUGCUAAUUUAUUGUUUUAGGAGUUCUCAAUGGGGAAAUGCCUGGAUGAGUGUAAAUCUGAGUACAAAUCAGUUACAAUCUUCCCAAGUCUCUUUUCCAUCAAUCAUUUUCCUUUUUAUUGUAA